AUCCCCGCUGUUGCAGUGUUAUAUUUUGGAGCGUUUUAUUUUGAAGGCGUUUCCGUCUUUUUCCUGCCUCUUGCUGUCUGACUUACUGAUUCUCACAGAGUCUGAGCUCCAGCCUGAGACUUGUCUCAGCAGUCCUCUGCGCUGGCUGUUGUUCAAACCCCCUCAGAUGGAGAGACCUUCCCGUCCUGUGCGCUCACUGCCAAACAACAGAGACUGCCUGUGAGGGGAACACACCCACCCACCCACCCACAAACACGCUCUCACACACACACACUCACACUUUUUUGGACUCUGGAGUUUUGUUUCUAUUUUCAGAACUGUAACUUUCCCAAAAUUGCGGUGCUGGCUUUUGAGGGAAAACUAACAGUAUCAUAAAGUGGAGCUAGAUCUCAUCACUUUGUGCGUGUUGCCGUGGAUGUGAGGCUCUGUUUCACUCAACAUCAUGGGAAGCUGAUUCAACCUGUUUACUGACCCAAAAGAGACCAAGAAGAAAGUAAUGGGAUAUGAUUCCAGGUGAUAAGGUGGAGGAAGUCUUCAGCUUAACAAAGAACAUCGAUGAAUAUUUGCCAUGCUACAUGGGAAGGCUCUGAACUCCACUCCACUCUUGCUCUUCAUCCUCAUCAUCUUUGCCACUGCCCAUGGUCGCUCCUACCCCCGUUUUUCACGCAAUGACUCCGAAUUCCAGCACCUGGUGCUUCACCCGGACCCCUCUGUGGGGACGGUGUACGUGGGAGCCAGGGAUCACCUCUUCCAGCUGGAUGGAUUAGAUGGACUCCGACUAGAGCAAGAAGAGACGACUGGUCCCGUGAGCGACAGCAAAGAGUGCCUUCCCCCAGUCACUGAGUCCAACUGUCCUCAGGCCAGGAAAACCAGUAAUCACAACAAAUUACUGCUGGUGGAUCCAAAGGCGUUGGAGUUGAUCACCUGCGGCAGCGUCCACCAGGGCACCUGCCAGAAACGCAGCCUGGCAUCAAUCAAGAAUGUUCUCUUCUCCACUGAGAGGCCUGUGGACACACAGUACGUUGCAGCCAAUGAUCCAACAGUGUCAACCAUUGGACUGGUGGUGGGGCCUCGCGGCGGGGAAAGGACUGUGAUGUAUGUGGGUAGGGGCUAUACCGCCAGCCAUCCGCCCAUCUCCACCCGCCACCUUUCGUCAGAACCUGUCUUUUCUUAUGAGGAGACGGCAAAACUGGCCGUAGCUGGGCGUCUGUCAGAGUAUGACCACCAUUUUGUGACAGCAUUCACACGCCGCGCAUAUGUGUACUUCAUGUUCUACCGUCGUGACAUCAAGUCGGUAUCGAGGGAGUACCGGACUUAUGCUGCCCGAGUGUGCCUUGACGACACAUCCUAUUACUCCUAUGUGGAAGUUCCUCUUGUCUGCCGAUCACCAUCCUCAACCAGGAAUUACAACCUGCUCCAGGCAGCCCAGGUGGGACAAGGUGGAGGACGGGAGGGUGAGAAUCUGCUGGGAGUCUUCUCCAUCCGCAGCAGCUCCACAAACACCAAUCCCUUGGAUGCCUCAGCUCUGUGCGUUUACCCUCUGGAUGAGCUUGACAAACACAUCGACUCCACCCGUGACCUCUGCUACACCAAGGAUGGAAACGUGGAGGGAAAAGGAGAGGUGGCCUACAUAGAGUACGAGGUUAAGUCCAGCUGUGCCAUCCUGCCUCCGAAUACCCUUCAGGCGUAUCCAUGCGGCUCUGACCACACCCCAAGUCCAAUGGCAAGCCGGAAGCCUCUGGAAGCUGAAGCCGUGUGGCACACCUCGGCCGCCCGUCUCACUGCUGUGGCUGUCAGUGUCAGAGAGGGACAUAGCAUCGCCUUCCUGGGAGACUCCAAAGGGACUCUUCACAAGGUAUAUUUGGACCAAAAUGGCAAAGUGGAGGUAUAUGCGAACACAACCAUCCAGCCCAACUCACCCAUUAACAGUGACCUUAUACUGGACCAGAACGGAGCACACAUCUACAUCAUGACCAAAACUACUGUUGAGAAACGUCCAGUGGCAGAAUGUGGAGAUCACCUGGACUGUCAGUCCUGUCUGUCUGCCAAAGACCCUUACUGUGGCUGGUGUGUCCUGGAGGGGCGGUGUGGCCAGCGCUGGGAGUGCCAGCGAGGGUCUGUGAAGGGUCAGUGGUUGUGGAGCUUCAACCAGACACAGCAGUGCCUCAGUAUCCAGCACCUAAGCCUCUACAACAUCAGCCGCGGGGAGAAAACUGAUAUCACGGUGUCAGUAGAAGGCCUCCCCAGUCUUGGAGAAGGAGAGGCCUACUCUUGUUUCUUCCAGGACACAGAAACUCCUGCCUCACUCACUAACACUGGUGUUAUUUGCUCCACCCCUGAUGCCACAAGUCUGCCCCCCAUUGACCAUGGAGAUGAGUUUGUGAUGGUGAUCCUGUCACUGCGUUUCCUAAAUGUGACGGUAGCAGAGAGAGAAUUCACCUUCUACAACUGUAGCUUGGUCCAGCAGCUCUCUGGACGCAGGCCAUGCCAAGGGUGUGUUAGCAGUCCUUGGGGGUGUAACUGGUGUAUUCACCAACAUGUCUGCACACACAAACACACCUGCAGUCAAGGAGUCACCAUCUACAAUCGAAAUUUCAAACCUCCAACACCCACCAUCCCACCACCCACCAGAAAAAUGACCCCUUUACCCCCUACCAUCCUGACUUUUACAACAACAACAACAACAACAACAACAAUGACGACAACAACACAAACAACAACCAUUACAACACAGCCACCACCCACAGAGGCAUCUACCACUACCACAACAGUUGUCCCUUCAACUACCACUGCAUUGACACCACCCACGACGCCUAAUGCUGAAUCCAAACCGCCCCUUACCCUGGCUACAACUUCCCCUUUCAUCAGUAUCUUCACCCAGGCCACCACCAUACACAUAGAUGUGAGCACAGCAGGCGGAUCCCUCUCUGAUGUGGAGGGAGCGACAGAUGGAGAUGUUGGCACUACCAAAAGUUUUUCAGAGGGAGAAAAAAUUGGUGUUGAUUUAAUGAUAGAGACUGAAAGCUUAGAUAUCACUGGCGAAAUUCCCCACACUACAUUACCCAGCAGCACUAGUGGCCAGGUAGACCCUGACCUGAGUCUUUUAGAGCCAUCUGGUGAUGCCUUGGUCUCUUCCUCUGAUAUAACCUCCACCACCAUCAGCGAAGUCACCAUUUCAACAGACCUUUCUAAUGGUAACGAUAAGGAGGGCAUUCCUCUGGCAAAAUCUGAAGAGAAUGACUCACCUCCGUGGUUGAAGGAGUGGGAGAAACCAGAGGGUGAGGUUGACUUGCCCCAGGAAAAAACACUCGAGCCAACUUCCAGCGAAAAACUGCACGUCUACACACAAUCACCUGAUACAGUAACUGACCCCAACUCUGAAUCUUCGGCAAACUACCAAUCAGAUUCUUCGACUGACUCUUACUUUCUGGAAUGUCCAUGUGUGGAGAAAGUUCAGGAUUCCUCUCUCCUUCCCGUCAAUGUGGAGAGGAAGAUCACUCUGGUGGGACAACACCUAAACCUGUUUCAGGAUGAGGAUUUGGAGUACGAGUGCGUGUUGGACGUCGAGAAUCAGUCAGUGGUGGUGGACGCCUCUGUGGAGCUGGAUGCCACUCAGCAGUCAGUCUUCCUUAUCACCUGCCAACCACAUCAGUAUGCCUAUUCUGCCUUGAUGGAGGAAUAUGCAGCCAUGAUUAACGUGAGGAGGAAGAACAACUUUCUCAUCGACAGCGCUGAGGAUUUGUACGUGACUCUGUUCAAUUGUUCGGUGGGACGGUCGGACUGCAGUCGAUGUCGCACUGCUGACCCCAAGUACGGCUGCGUUUGGUGCGGCGGCGUUUCGAGCUCUCGCUGUAUCUACCAAGACUCCUGCAGAGAUGAGAUCAAACACACCUGUCCUGCACCUGUCAUUCACUUUUUGGACCCCGUGUCCGGUCCUGUGGAGGGAGGGACGGUCGUGACUAUUUCAGGCUCUAACCUCGGCCAGAGAGCCGAAGACAUCCAGACCUCGGUCACAGUGGCUGGAGUUCCCUGCAGUGUCAUCCACAGCAGAUACGAAGUCUCGUCGAGGAUAGUGUGUGAGACUUCGAGCAGUGGAGGAGAGAAGAGCGGCCAGGCCUCAGUCAAAGUGAGAGGGGGAGGACUCGGGCUGUCAGCUCAGAUCUUCAGCUUCCAGGAUCCCGUACUGAGCGGCAUCUUCCCCCAAAGAGGGCCCAAGGCGGGGGGCUCGUCUCUUACCAUCAGAGGCCGGAGACUGAGGACGGGACACCCGAAUGAAGUCAGCGUCCUCAUUGGAGGGGUGCCAUGUAUUGUGCUAAACAUCCUGGAGGAUCAGAUCAGCUGUCUGACCAGAGGCAGUAACAGAACAGGGGAGCAUGGCAUCACUGUGCGGUUUGGUGGAGCCGAGCGCCACCUGCAGGGUUUGGUGUAUCAUUACACUCCCAAUCCCAACAUCACAAUGGCCGCUCCAUCCAAAAGCUUUCUCAGUGGAGGCAGAAUCAUCAGAGUUUCUGGUCAGAACCUGGAUGUGGUCCAAGAGCCCAAAAUGAGGGUCACCCUCAGUCCUCCAGACACUCUCCCUCCAAGGAAGAGAAGGAGCAUCAGAAGGAGGAAUGAAGGAAGCCUGAAUCGAGGACGGGAUCACAAGGGUCCACUGAAGAGAUGGAGGAGAAUCGUCCCAGAGGCGGAAUGCCCCGAGGGUACCCUCUGUCAUGUCAAACAGUAUGAGUCUCGCUGCACAGUGAACAGCUCUUUCCUCAUUUUAUGUCCGACUCCGGCGGUGGGUCCAGAGGCCAGGAGAGCCAGGGUCAAAGUUCAUUUCCUGCUGGACAGUCUCCAUUUUGACUUCAGCGCAUUGGGCAAUGAACCCUUCAGCUAUGAGCCUAACCCGAAGCUCUACUUGCUGAACCAGAAUGACCCCAGCAAACCGUACCACCACAAACCCGGCAGCAUCAUCUCUGUUGAGGGAGAGAACCUGGAUCUGGCCAUCUACAAGCACGAGGUGGAGGCUCGGAUAGGGGAAGGGGUGUGUUCGGUGAAGACCCUUACACACAACCACUUGUACUGUGAGCCACCAUCCCAGCAACCAUCAGUCAUGGCCAGCAAUAAACUUGAUGGCCUGGACAGUCUGCCUGAGUUCACAGUGAAAAUGGGGAACCUGAACUUCUCCUUGGGCAGAGUGCAGUAUGACAGCCAGGCCCAGUCCACAUUCCCCUUGGAGGCCCAGGUGGGAGUUGGUGUGGGAGCCUCCAUAGUGGCUCUCAUUGUGCUCAUCAUAGUCCUUAUAUACAGGAGGAAGAGCAAACAGGCCAUGAGGGAUUAUAAGAAGGUGCAAAUACAGCUAGAAAACCUGGAAACCAGUGUGCGAGACCGUUGUAAGAAGGAGUUCACAGACUUGAUGACUGAGAUGAUGGACAUGUCUAGUGACCUGGUGGGUUCAGGGAUUCCCUUCCUGGAUUACCGGGCGUACGCAGAGCGCAUUUUCUUCCCAGGCCACCAGGAGUCGCCACUGAGACGAGAUCUGGAUGUCCCAGAAAGUCGAAGGCAGACCGUGGAGCAAGGGCUGGUUCAGCUGUCUAACCUGCUCAAUAGUAAACUCUUUCUCACCAAGUUUAUUCACACUCUUGAGGUCCAGCGGACGUUUUCCCCAAGGGACCGCGCCUAUGUGGCCUCUCUGUUAACUGUCGCCCUGCAUGGUAAACUGGAGUAUUUCACAGACAUCUUAAAGACCCUGCUUAAUGAUCUGGUGGAACAGUAUGUUGCCAAGAACCCCAAACUGAUGCUCAGGAGAACUGAAUCGGUGGUUGAGAAGCUCUUGACGAACUGGAUGUCUAUUUGUCUAUUCACCUUUCUGAGGGAAUCAGCAGGGGAGUCCUUCUACAUGCUGUUCAGAGCAAUAAAGCACCAGGUGGACAAGGGACCCGUGGACGCUGUGACAGGAAAAGCCAAGUACACGCUGAAUGACAACCGGCUGCUACGAGAGGACGUGGAGUACCGUACCCUGACCCUUAAUGUCGUGACGCCUAAUGCUGCGACCACUGGAGGCACCACUACCCAAACGGUGCCCGCUAAGGUCCUGGACUGUGACACCAUCACCCAAGUUAAGGAGAAACUUCUUGAACAAACAUGGAAAGGGACGUCAUUUUCCCAGAGGCCACACAUUGACUCAUUACACCUCGAGUGGCGUGCAGGUGUUGCAGGUCACCUCAUCCUGUCAGAUGAGGACCUGACAUCAGUAGUGCAAGGCUCAUGGAAGCGCCUUAAUACACUGCAACACUACAAGGUUCCUGAUGGAGCAACGGUCGCUCUGGUCCCCAGGAACGCCAAACAUCACCUCCAUGACAGCCAUGAUUACAUGCCUGGAGAGAAGACCCCAAUGCUGGAUGAUGGGGAGGAAGGAGGAGUGAGGCUGUGGCAUCUGGUGAAAGCCAGCGAGGAGUCUGAGCUGCCCAAGCACAGGAGAGGCAGUGUGAGGGAGAGGGGCGGAGAAAGAGCUAAGGCCAUCCCUGAGAUCUACCUCACACGACUGCUCUCCAUGAAGGGCACUCUGCAGAAGUUCGUGGACGAUUUAUUCACCGCGAUCCUCAGCACCAGUCGUCCCGUACCUCUGGCCGUCAAAUACUUUUUCGACUUGUUGGAUGAGCAGGCUUUGCAGCACAACAUCAACGACCCAGAGACCAUCCACAUCUGGAAAACCAACAGUUUACCGCUGCGGUUUUGGAUCAAUAUCCUGAAGAACCCACAGUUCAUCUUCGACGUGCAGACCUCAGACCAUGUGGAUGCCGUGCUGUCUGUCAUCGCUCAGACCUUCAUGGAUUCCUGCACCAUCGCUGACCACAAACUGGGACGGGACUCUCCCAUCAACAAGUUGCUGUAUGCCAGAGACAUCCCUCGCUACAAACAGAUGGUGGAGAGGUACUAUGCAGACAUUCGUCAGACCAUCUCUGCCAGUGACCAGGAGAUGAACUCAGCUUUAGCAGAACUCUCUCGUAAUUAUGCUGCUGAGGUCAACUGUCUUGUGGCUUUACAUGAGCUGUACAAGUACAUCAACAAAUACUACGAUCAAAUUAUCACAGCCCUGGAAGAAGACCCCACAGCCCAGAAGAUGCAGCUCGGCUACAGGCUCCAACAGAUUGCUGCUGCUGUAGAAAACAAAGUCACAGACCUAUGACCCUCGAGAAAGGGAUGGAUUUUUCCGUUAAAUUUAAAGACAUAAAUGGGAAAAGGUCCUGUCUCCUGGAGGAAAAAAACAUUCUCUCUUUCUUUCUACGCGGAAGACAAAGGAUCAUUGUGGCACAUAAUGUGAUUUUGCUGUCAUUUUGACAGACUUAGAUAUAAUCUGAUGAGGAUUGCUGACACUGGCCAUGUUUCCUGUCCCGUGUCCAGGACGUAAGACUCCCUUGAAAUUUCCACAUGUCUAACACUGGGAGUAAAAGGACACUGCUCUGAGGGGGAAAAACAUGUGAAAUCAAGCACAUCCAAAAAAAAGGAACCUCCUCUGAACUUUGAUAUCUUUCGCAAAGGGAUUUCCUGUUUUGUUGAAUUCAAAUUAAAGGGAGACAUAAGAUAAAAGAAUAAUAAUUCAGUUUUUCCUCUGACUCUGUCUCAAUGGAUUCGAAGAUUUCCUCGACAAACUGCACAGAACAUUCCUGCAAGUUUACAGCUACAGUUAUUAGCCUUCUGCGGACGCAUGAGAAACGUAGGUGGGCUGGAUGAGCAAACGGUUAACAUGGAGGAAAAGGGAAAAAAGGAGGACUUGAACUUUAACAUGGACCGUUGCGAAGUUUUCUACCACAUGAUGUCAAAGUCUUACACAAGGGACAAACAGAUUAUGACAAUGUGCUGCGGAGGCUUGAAUCGCCGCUCAUCGUAUCUGAAGGAUGUUUUUUCAUUCUGCUUCUAGCUUCCUUAAAUCAUUCUUCUGAGUCUUACUCUAUACGAGUUCAAUUAGCUGUAAUUGGACAGUUUGUAGAUUUGUGUAAACAGUUUCACCAGGACAGGCUUUCUUUUUUAAUUUUUUCAGCUUUUCACCGCCAGUUGUCCUUUAACUGUUAUUUAUAGAUGCUGCCUCAUGUAGUUGGAACUGAAAACCAGUGUUUUGUAAAAGUGUUGAUUUUUAUUAGUACAUACAUGAAUACCUGCUUUCUCAUGUUGACCUACUGCAAUUGUGAGUGUUUCUGUUGAUUAGCUAAUAUUUUGCAGAUGUUUAUACAUUUUUUAAACAAUUGUAAAAAAAAUGUUGUUUAAUAUAUUUGUCCCCAAGACCAUUUAGCAGAGGUUCCUAUAGCUGUUUUAUAAACUGAUCCGUCCUUAUAACAGUACCAUGGAAGUAAAAGCUACACAUAAUAAACCAUAUCUAGACAAAAAAAUUAACACUAUUAUAAUCUAAUCCAGCUCAGUAAAAAAAGACAUGAUCUUAUUGUUAAUGCAAGACCAAGCCUGCCUACAAAUACUUGGAAAUAAGUAAAUGUAUAAAUGAAUGAAUGAAUAAAUUAAAUGCAGAAAGGAACUGAAAAAUAUGGCAGUUAAUGAAUGCUACAAUUCUUAUGUUAUCCUUUGAUGCCACUUUAAAAAAAAAGAAGAAAGAAAGUCCUUAAGUAUGGAAGUUAAGGGGAGUCAAGCAACCAGGUUGUCUUUAAAAAAUACUAUAAAAAACAGUGUAAAUUAUGGGGUGACUGUAAAAUAAAUAAUGUGUAAAUAAGUCACUACACAUUUAUUUGUUUAUUGUCAUUUGUCUAUUUUCGCAUUUUAUAUAUGUAUUUGUUUUUAGCCAUGCUAGCAGUGUCGCUUAUGGAAGAUAAUGCUAACGAUGUUCCGCUCAAGAUGAAUUUGAAUAAUUUUAGCAAUCCCCUUUUCUAUUAGUGCCAUCAGCAGGUCAAAAUUACAAUUUGUCCAAUACUUUGCUUUAUUAUCUGAUAAUAAUGACAUUCCCAUCAGUCUCAGCUUUACUUGUGUAAUAUAUGCACUUGUGUUUAUUGAAAUAAACAAUAUACCUGCUAAACAUCA